AUGGCCUCACCCAAAUCACCUCAAACCGUGUCGUUCUACUCGCGCAGCCUCAAGCUCGCUGGACAUUUCUACCACCCAGCGGAGGCCGCUCCGGAUAGGUCUGGGGCCUCCGUCGUCAUCAGCCACCCAUGGACCUCCGUCAAAGAGCAAUCUCCAGCAAACUACGCCCGUGUACUCGCCCAGGCCGGCUUCUUCUGUCUCACCUUUGAGGGCGAGCCCAGAAGCCUGGAAGAUCCUUAUCAGCGGGUUGAAGACAUCAAGUCAUGUGCCACCGUUGCUGCUGUGUGCGUGGGCACCAUGGCCCUCCGAGGGUUCGACAAGGAUACCUCCAACAUGUCGAUCCUGCAAGGGCAGCUCGCAAAUGCAGCAAAGGACCGCAACGGCGAGGUCGAGGUCGGCGGCGAAAAGGUGCCCAUCGUCCAUCUCCUGCCGGAGAAAAUCGAACAUGUCCCUGCCGACCUGCCAGAUUCAUUCAAGGACUUGGCAAACUACGAUCGCACUCCACGGGCAAACCAUCCGCGUGCAACUAAUACUUGCCUACCCGGGAGUUGGGAUAUCAUGGCCACUUUUGAUGCCUUUGGGUUCAACGAGAUGAUCGCACCCAGGCCGCUCUUGAUGAUCACUGGUACGAGAGCCGCGACGAAGUGGUACAGCGAGAAUGGCGUGGCCAAAGCGAACGAGCCAAAAGAACUUUGA